ACUGUCCUUUAGCAAGGAAACGCAUCUCUCUCUUAUUAUGUUUUUUGAUUUGGCGUUUUAGUAUGGUGACUAGAAUCUUCAAGCAGACAUCAUUUAAAGUCAUAUUUUCCCUCUGCAUUUCAGGUGGGCUGCUGCUUCUGGUGGUCAGAUUUCCCUCAACUCAAUUAUUCUCCCUGCUGCACUCUACUUUUGGCAAAUCCCCCAUUUCAUGGCACUUGCAUAUAUGUGUCGGCAUGACUAUGCUGCUGGAGGGUAGGUACACAGCUGAUAACUAAUAUGGAUGGAUUUCAUUUUCUAGGUUAAGAAAUUUGAAUUGAAUAAGAUCAAGCAAAUAUCCAUGGUAGUUGCAUUUCCAAGAAGCAAGGUGGCCAGAUUCCCUGAUUUUGUUGAUCCACUGCCAUCUAUCAUUCAAAAAGUUGACUUACUACAUUGAGGAGAUGAGCUAUGUCUUGUGUGGAUUGAGUUGUAUUAUCAUAUGUUCAGGGUCUUUGUGCUUGUACAUGAUCUCAUAGCAUUCAAUGUUCUUGCUUUUUUGGGUAAUACCAGUUCCCCUCAAUUUUGCUUUUUUAGGUACAAGAUGCUCUCCCUUGCCGACACCACUGGCCGAAGAACUGCCCUGGUGGCGUUGAGGAAUUGCAUUUAUCUGGUUCCUUUGGGGUUUAUGGCGUAUGAAUGUGAGUUGUGGCUAUCUGAAAAUCGUAACCUUACAUCUGUCUUGAAUGUGUCUCAUUCUUACUCCAUGGCUGUGCAUGCUUCAUGCGUAUAUCAUAUUUUACGUUACAUAUGAUCCAUGUUGAUUCAUCCAAAUCAAGUUCAGUCUUGAAUUUGAAACGGUAGUACUGUGCCAACUUCAAGAUUUCUGGCGUCUGGCUCGAUUUUGAUAUUCUCCUCCGUGAUCUUAUAGUGUUCAUAUAAAAUUUUAGUGUUUCACUUGAGCUGUAUUUCAGUCUCACUAUACAAUCUCGGGGUAUGGUGAAUGCAGGGGGUAUGGCUUCUGGGUGGUUUUGUCUGGAAUCAUCGGUUCUGACCCUAGCAAUUGCUGCAUCGGCAUUUUCAUUCUACCGGGAACCAACAACAGAGAAGGCAAGGAAGAUGUUUCAUGCCAGCCUUCUAUACCUUCCCAUAUUCAUGGCCGGGAUUCUCCUUCACCGACAAACAGAGAUGUCAACUGACGAGCUUCCAUCUUCCAUGACUGCGGAAAUUGAAGAUAGGGAAGGCUUGAGAAGCAGAAACCAGGCAAAGAAGAAGGAACAACUGGAUGGUUCAGAUUUUGGCUCACGAGUCCGCGCACCAGUAGCUUAUGCUUCUGUUGCACCUUUCCCUUUCCUUCCGGCCCCUUCAUAUGCAUAUUAUUCAUAGUUUUUGUGGAAUUUUUUUGGCGCUUCUCAACACUUCACCUUGCAGAAAAUCUGGCAAUAAUCUAUUAUGGGUGUCCAUCCUUGGAUCAUUAUAGUAACACUUUUUUUUUUGGGUUCUCUACUACUAUUGUGGGAAUGCUCCUUAUUGGACCAACUUCUUUUUAAACCUGAUAAAUGCAUGGAAAGAAAUGCUAGUCCCUGAUUUUGCUGCCUGCCCUUGGUGCCUUUCUUCCUGGGUUUAGAGUUGUGGUGGUAAUAUGGUAACUGUUAAUUCUCUCUUCUAUGUUACCUCUUAUAAUUUUUCAUAUGUGAUAUGACUCGAUCGUCGGAGCAUCCUUCUGAACUCCGAUCUGAGAAAACUAGAUGCCCGGUGCACGACUCUCUUGUUCGUUCCUUUCUCGAGAUCUUUACCCCGAUUCCUAUGUAAGCUUAUGUGAGUCGAUCUUCGGAGUAUCUUUCAGAAGUUCGAUCUGAGAACCGGGAUAUCUGGUCCUCUACUCUUUAUGUUCGUUGCUUGAGAACCUAACCCAAACCCCUCUAAAUUUUUAUACAGUACUUUCAUCUUUAUGGUACAUAUCUCACAGGUAACUAGAAAGCAACAGAGAGAAGCAUAUUGAAGAUAAUGAAUUUGGAACGAGAUGGAAUCAUAAUCCAUUAAUGCCAUUGCCAUAGCAGCUACAUGCAUUCCAUCAAUGACCAACAUUGCUCCCUACACAGACAAGAUAGAACAGUGUACUACUCUGUCUUCACCUUUUGACCAAAAGAAUCCCAUCUCUUCUCUAUGUCCCAUUUCAUUCCAUUCAACCCUUAUAUUCUGUUACCACACCAGAAGAAGCCAAACUUGAUAUCUGUAACAACCAUUGAAACUGGUGAUUCAUUUCUGUUUGCCCGACUUUCCAUAUCUCUCUACUCAGAGCUAUCUUGACUUUUCUGGUUUGCUCUUUGGGCUUUCUUGGAGAGGUAUGCAUCACUUUUACAUAAGUCGUCACUAACUUUGAGCUCAAUAAUAAAUCGAUUACGAAGUUAAGAUGUUCAAUACACUCAUGAUUGACACUUAAAAUUGUUCUGCUAGUUUUUUCGUCUCAGUCGUGCAUUUUCACAUAUUACUUUAUCAAGAUUAAUGACAAAACAGGUAGUUUGCACCCCUUAAAGUCUUCGAGUCGUGGAGGAAAUGAUUAGUUUGACUUCACAUAAUAUUUGGUUUGGAAUAGGAACAAGUAAACGAAUUCGAAUUCAAAUUGAUCUCCCGCAUAAACUAUAAAGAAUCUAUGUGAAA